GCACAGUAUAGACACCAACCAGUAGGCGCACUCCCUGGUUUCUGUUACUCCAUUUAUGACUCGCGCAUCAUUUCCGUGCUCCUAACCUCAAAUUGUUGAGCAGCAUUUCGAAUUCGAGCAUUCGAAAUUUGAAAGUUAAACAGAAGUAAAGGUGAACAUUAGAGACAGUCUCUGGUAAAUUGUAGCAAUUAUAAUCGUGUGAAGUAAAUAUAUUUGUGCAAAAUGGUGAAUUAUUGCAGCGUGUAUAAUUGCAAAAACAGUAGUGUUAAGAAUCCUAAACUUAGUUUUUUUCUCAUACCAGGAGACACUUUCAGGCAAAUGAUUUGGCUUCCAAAAAUGGGAAGGCAAGAAUGGAUUCUGAAAAGACCAGAACUUCUCCACAAAAAAAGAAUAUGUAAUUUAUUCAAAGAAGGCAUUGGUGAGAAAGGGGUGAAUGUAAAUGCUUCAACUUCUGCUUCAACAUCUUCAAUGGAUAUUGAAAAUAAUGAGACCGUAGAUGAAUGCCGUGAGAUUUCUAUAAACCCCAACAUAUAUACUACACCAGAAAAGAAACCAGAAGAAACACAAACAUCUCCUAGUUUGUCUUCAGCCACUCCGAGGAAAAAAAAGUUACAAUCAGUGGUUAUCAUGGCGAGGGGUAUCCAACAUAAUUGGAAGCAGCCUGUGGCUUACUUCUUCGUUCACAAUUCUUGUGAAGUGAAAUAUUUGCAUGAGAUAAUAACCACAAGCAUACGAAAAUUGAGUGACAUAGGAUUAAACAUUCUGGCAUUAAUAAGUGACCAAGCCGCGUAUGACCCCCAACAAAACACUCCCCCGCCCCAAGCUCCCCGACCACCGCCGUAUCCGGGACCUCAUCAAGCUCCACCGUCUCUAACACAUUCAUGA